AUGGCUUCUCUGAAGCUAUCUUCAUCUUUCCAUGACACCACUCACACCUUUCAACAACCUUCUCCUAUGCAAAUCUUCCCCAAAACCCUAAAGCUCCAUGUCCAAACACCAAAUAAUUCCAUAACUGUCUCGUCUCUCCCAAGCCUAACUUCGAAAACCCACAUCCAAAACUCCCAAAAACACGAAAACGAUGAAGAAUUGCAGGUGUUUACAGAAGAUCAUAGACCUCUCCGUCAGAUCUGGCCUGAAAUCCAAGGCUCCAGCAACUGGAAUGGUCUUUUAGACCCCAUGAACUCCCACCUCCGCCGUGAAAUAAUUCGCUAUGGUGAGAUGGCUCAAGCCUGCUACGACUCUUUCGACUUUGACCCUCGAUCCAAAUACUGUGGAACUUGUAAAUACAUAGGUACUCAUUUCUUCGAAAAGCUUGACAUGGCUGAUCGUGGAUACAGUAUUCAUCGUUAUCUUUAUGCCACCUCCAACAUCAAUCUUCCAAAUUUCUUUCAAAAAUCAAAGUUAUCAAGUGUUUGGAGCCAACAUGCCAAUUGGAUGGGCUACGUAGCGGUUGCCACCGAUGAAAACGAGAUUAAAAGGCUAGGCCGUCGUGAUGUCGUCAUCGCCUGGCGAGGUACUGUAACAUACCUCGAAUGGAUCCAUGACCUGAAGGACAUAUUACAUCCUGCUCAUUUCAGCGAUGAUCACUCAAUCAAAAUCGAAUCAGGGUUCUUUGAUUUGUACACUUCGAAAGAACAUUCAUGUCAUUAUUGCUCAUUUUCAGCUCGCGAACAGAUUCUUUCAGAGAUUAAGAGAAUCAAAGAGAGGUACGAAGGUGAAAAACUUAGUAUCACGAUUACAGGACAUAGCCUCGGAGCUGCGCUUGCUCUGUUGAGUGCUUACGACAUCGCAGAGAUGAAACUAAACUUUACAAACUCCGGCGAAAAGAUCCCGAUCACGGUGUUCUCGUUUUCUGGACCGAGGGUAGGUAACUUGAAGUUCAAAGAACGUUGUGAAAAUCUUGGGAUCAAGGUCUUAAGGCUUGUUAACGUGCACGAUAAGGUACCAAAAGUACCUGGGAUCUUUGCAAACGAGAAGAACAAACAUCAGAAAUACAUCGAAGAAAAGAUUGCGUUUCCAUGGAGCUACGCUCAUGUUGGAACCGAGAUUGAACUGGAUCAUUUUGAUUCACCAUAUCUGAAGCGAACAAAAGACAUUAGCUGUGCUCAUAACCUUGAAGCGUUGUUGCAUUUGGUUGAUGGGUAUCGUGGUCGAGGUCGAGGGUUUUCUUCUGUGACGAAGAGGGAUAUUGCGCUUGUGAACAAGAGUUGUGAUUUCUUGAAAGAGGAGUAUGGUGUUCCCGCGUACUGGCGGCAGGAUGAGAACAAGGGGAUGGUGAGGGGUGGUGAUGGGCGGUGGAUUCUGCCGGAGCGGCCGCGGCUGGAUUCUCAUCCGCCAGACACUGCGUACUACCUUGAACAAGUUCUAAAGUUUGCUACUAAAACUACUUUGAAUGCACUAUAA